AUGAUCACCCGAUUCCUCACAGACGUCCGCGUCAAGUUCAACCCCUUCUCCCCGCGCGCAAAGCCUGCGCGGCUCUUUCUCUCUUUGAUUCCCCCGAACGCGCGCGCAGACGGAAUGAAGGUGGAGACUAAGAUGCUGCCACGCACAAGCACGGAGCCAGCAACAUUAGACGUGAAAUUCAAAGAUGGAAAGGAGCUCAAACUCGAGCUGGACAAGAUGCGGAUCCCAGAGGUUAUGGAGGAGGUCGACAGGCACUCGCGGAUACUGGCCCGCAAGGAGGAAUUGACGGGCAACUGA